AUGGGAACUCUCGAGGGACACCUGCUGCCGGGGAUAGGCUUCCUUCUCUUCUCAUUAUACUACUCAGUGCUAACAUCCUUGGCCCUGCUACGGGAACAGAAGGCCCUCAAGCACCCCCUGCUCCCAAGGAAGCUGUGGGGACACAGGCUGUCUCGGCAGGUAUCGUAUGAAGCAGUGUUGAAGGUGGUUAUCCCCACCUUCGGCAUUAUUGGUGAAUAUUUCUACCCCCUUGGGGUAAAUCGUGUGCAGAUCAUAGAUUGGAAGGACCCCCGGCGGCCAUUUGUCUUCAAGGACAACUGGCAGCAUGUAACCAUGUUUGGGUUCUUUAUCCUCAGCGGCGUGGUGGACAUUGUGAGCCAGUCACACCUGGCGAGUUGGGGCCCGAAGCUGGAGCGCGCAGCCGAAGCACUGGCUUUCUACGUGCUGAUCAUGCUGAUGGUAACCCACAUUGAGAACAAAAGCUCCUUGGAGAUCAGAGUACAUCUUCUGUUAAUGAUACCCUCCUUCUUCCUUGCUCUGGCGCUCACUGUGGAGGUCUGGGUUCCCAACCAUCCUCCAAUCUGGAUCCUCAAGUGUUGGCUGGGACUGGUGUUAAGCAGCUGGAUGAUGCAGAUAUGUGAGAUGUAUAUACCUCUUACUGGACAGCCCUGGAGGGCAGAUGACCCGAUGGAUCACGCAUUCCUAACCAUCUUCUUCUGCUGGCACCUGGUCUUGGCGGCCGCCCUGUUCCUUGCCAUCUAUGGCCUCUGCAGUCUCUGGUACAGUCACUACUCUUCCUGGACAAAGACCCCUGGUGCUAGGUACCAGCGGUGCCCUCUGGAAUCCAGUGGUGAGGAACUAGAAAAACUCAAGGCAGAGGCCCUGCCACAGGAUGGAGUCGUGUAG